GGACAUGGCGGCGGGCGGGCCGCGGCGCGGGGGCGGCGCAGAGCAUGAAGCAGAACAGCUUCAAUUUUCAAAUGUUCCUCAAUCAAAACAAGAUCCCGAAUCAAAACAAGAUCCCGAAUCAAAACAAGGAUCAGUGCCUUUGGAAGCAGCAAUGUCGCAGCCAUUAUCUAUGGAACAACUUUUUUCUGCCUCUGCAGUCCAGUAUCAGCUUCCCAUACUCGGGGAAACCCCCUCUGGAGAUCCCCCUGAUCCAAAAAAAUGUUCUCCUCGAGAAUACUUGGAGUUUUACAUAUUCCCAGUGCUCUUACCCGGCCUGGCUGCACUUCUGCAUGAAGCAGACAAGGAGAAGUGUUUUGAGGGAAAAAGAACCAAAUUUAUUCCCUCUGAUUUCCUAACUGAGUGGUUAUACAACAAGAAUCCAAAGAGGAGAGAUGAGUCAUUCACAGAAUUGUUUUCCAUUCCUUUUGUUAAGAACUGGCUAAAGGACCGUCCUAGACCACCAAUUCCUCUAUCUCUGCUUCUGUCAGAAGAAGAAGCAAGCAUACUAAUUCAGUCCUUCUGGAGAGGUUAUCGGGUUCGUUGUGACAGUGAAAUACAAGAGCUACGUCAGUGGCAAAAGAAGCUGAGAGAGGAGAGGCACAUUACUGAAGUAGUGAAAAAAUUCUGGAUUAAACAGGAAGCCAGAGUAGUGUCAAGAAGCAAAGAAAUGCAGUCACUCAUUCCUAACACAGCUGUGAUAUACUCUGGAAAUGCGCUGGUUGCCUUCAUUUUGAAUUUUCUUCUCAGUGCAGAGUUGUGUUCCACAAGCUGUUGUGUUUCUGUGGCUGCCUCUUCAUAA